AUAUCCAUCCUCGGACGCCCUGUGAAUCGGACGGUCGGUAUGAAAAGCCGCUUCUACGGAUACGAUGGCUGCUCUUGUACUGUUGAAGAGCUUGCCCUGCAACACUACGCCAAAGAAGAGUAUGGCCAAUGGGUGGGGGUUCAUUCAGAAAACGGAAUUUGGAAUACCCUUUUCGGAAUCUUAAUGUGGGAUGUGCUCUUUGCAGACGUACCGGAUGUUUUCCGCACCCCUUUCCAGACUGCCCCGCUGGACCUGGAUACCGAUGCUUUUUAUCCUGCAAGGCGAGAUCUUAUCGAGGUUCAUUUAUUGGCCAUCCAGGAGGGAAAUGCUCAGGACAUGAUAGCGCAUUGCUGGGCCGAACGUGAAGGAACCCUUUGCCGUGGUGUGAACUGGGAGCGACACUCGUUGUCAGAGUUGCAGGUAAUCGCAGCUUGCAUUGGUGGCGAUGGGCUUGCAGCCGUCUGCCGCCUUCUGGCAGAGGACCAUGUAGCGUGGUCGGGAGGAAUGCCCGACCUCUUGCUGUGGCGGGAGCGGAAACUUGCACCGGAAAAGGGGGAAGGUACUCUCCCGGGGAAUGCCAACGGAGGCAAUGCGCACGGCAGCCAUGCCCCAGACUAUGAUGCCAAAUUUGGAAAGGGAAAUGGCGAGGAGGGUGUGUCUCCCACGCAGAGGAAUAGGGAGAGGGAUAUCACCCUGAGGGAGGCAAAGCUUGUGGAGGUGAAGGGGCCGCGGGAUCGACUAUCGGAACAGCAGAUGGCAUGGAUCGAUGCAUUGGUAUCGGCGGGAUUGGAUGUGGAAGUCUGUAAAGUUGUAGAAUCCAUAGAGGAUGCGGACGUGUCGAAUUAAAAAUUGAGGUAUUGGAAUUUAAUA